GACCUUGUCUUCGUACUCUACGUUCAUUUCUGGGUCGAAGCUACGAAGGCCCGGAAGGCCUGCGUAGGGACUCGUACUCUGGGCGCGUAUUCUAGCUGGAAUCUUCGUGCCGGACAUCUCUGGGUUCAUCUGCCUCGAGAGCGUACAACAGCCGCUCUUUCUCCGCUCCAACAGGGUCACCGACGGGCGGCUAUCAGCGAUAGCGUACAAUCGCUCUACUAGGGCUGCUCCAUUACUCUGGGGACCACGCGCGCUGCACGCUGCUCUCGACCACCAUGCCCUCAGGCGGGAACGGAGGCCCUGCGCGCUACCCAGGCUCGUGCCGAGACUUUCCAGAGGGACUGUGUACCGCUGGUGACCUCUGUCGAUUUCGGCAUGAUCUGUGCAAGUGUAGCUGUGGUCUGAUUCUGCCGUUCGGCAAUCUGCGCCAGCAUCAACGAGGGCGGAGGCAUCAGGCUUUGCUAGAGAAGCACCAAGAAGCAGAGCAAAGACGCGCCUAUACAGCCGACGCUGGGCGUCCUCCUCCUCGCAGAGCGGAACCUCCGCCAGCCAGAGCCGCGAAGAUAACCUGCGAGACCUGCGGUGCGGAGGUGCAUCCUGCGCAGAUACAGCGGCAUCGACACCAGCAUAUUCAGGACGAUAUUGCUGCUACCCAGGCACUUCUCUACGAGGACAAGAAUGGCAUAGCCGUCACUCCGGGCGAUGGUAUCCAUUUUGGCGUCGUCGACGAAUUCGAGGAGCCCAGCCGGAGCCCUCGCGUCAACCUUACCCUUGCGAAGACGGCUGGUGAGGAGUCGCGUAUCUUGCUGAUGAAGUGGUGGAUGGAGUCGUCCAAGCGCAAAGACGCGCUUGGAGAGCACUUUUCCGUCUCCCUACUGGGCAAUGGGCCGUGGAUCAAGACCGGGCGACCGAGGGCGGUUACGGUUACCCUCCAUCCAAGCUAUGUCGGCAACUUCGACGACACCGUGUACUUGCGUUUCCUGGACGUCGCGCAGCGUACGCGCCCCUUUGUCAUUGCGCGGAAGGUCAGCGCCGUCAUCGGCUCGCGUCAAGAUCACGAGCAGCUGCGCCCCGCCGCUCCCUACGCGCGGCGCCAGAUGCCCGCCGGGUUCUUCGAGGGGGCCAUCGUGAAGGGCACGCGCCCGGAGGUGUGGUCCAAGACGGUGUGGAAGCGACCUUUGGGGCAGUACGAACCCCCCAAGGCCCUCAUCGAAGCCGUCUACGGCACUGAACGUGGAAGGAGAGCUCAGUCGGAGAGGGCGACGCUGUCGCUCUUGCAGAACCAAUUUCUCCCGCGAUUCGGGUGGGAGAAGUAUGGAGAGUACUUCCAGGUACUGCUUCAUGUGGAGGAAGAGCAGCAGCGGCAGGAUCUGGAGAGCUAUGCGAUGGAAAGCGUGGAGCUGAAGGCGAAUUAUCCGAAUUAUGAGCUGCAAGUGCAGGGGCUAUCCGAGGGCCGCCCCAGCGUGCUCGUCGGCGACUUCAUCGAAAUUCGCCGCUCGGGGGAACGCAACGCCCCUUGGUUCCAAGGCCGUGUUCACGCAGUCAUGCUCGAAGCCGUCAAGCUCCGUUUCCCAGAAGAGUUCAGCACCUACCGCGGCUCCAAAUUCGACGUCCGCUUCGUGCUCAACCGCCUCUCCUAUCGGCGCAUGCACGAUGCGCUCGUCAACAAGAACAAGCCCAUGCGUAUCCUCUUCCCCACCGAGAAGCACCUGCAGGUGCGCGGGCCCGUCGCGCAGGCGCGAGUGGACGCGAUCGUGCCCGUGAACCGCGCAAUUGCGGAUGAUGAGGAGCAGCUGCGUACCAUUGCUGCCGUGCUGAGGCUGCCGCCCGGAUCGCCCCCGCUUAUCGUCUUCGGCCCGCCGGGCACGGGGAAAACGUCGACCAUCGUCGAGGCGAUUCACCAGCUACUGCAGCGCGAUCCAAAUACGCGCAUCCUCGCCUGCGCGCCGAGCAACACCGCUGCGGACGGCCUCGCGCAGAAGCUGUCGGGCGCGCUGCUCGAUAGGACGCAGCUAUUCCGGCUGAACUCGCUCUCGCGCAAGGUCUCCGAUCUCCCGCAAGCACUCAAGAAAUUCUGCCUCAUCAACGACAACACGGUGUUCGCCGUGCCCCCGAAAGACGUCCUCGCAUCCUACCGCGUCGUCGUCUCGACGUGCAUCACUGCGGGCGUGCCCUCGGGCCUCGGAAUCCGCGCGGGGCACUUUGACUGGAUUUUCAUUGAUGAGUGCGCGCAGGCGACGGAGCCGGCGGCGAUGAUCCCGCUGAAGACCCUCGUUGACAAGAGCACGAAUGUGGUGCUGGCGGGGGACCCGCAGCAGUUGGGGCCGAUUGUGCAUUCGAAGUUUGCGAACACGCUGGGCUUGAAGGAGAGUUAUAUGGGGAGGUUGAUGGAGCAGCAGGAGGUGUACGAUUUGAAGAAGUGGCAGGGGGUGACGAUCAUGAAGCUGAUCAAGAGCUUCCGGUCGCAUCCUGCGCUGCUCGACUACUCGAACAGGCGCUUCUACAACGGCGAGCUCAUCGCCAGCGCGGACCCAAUUCUAACGCACAGUCUGGAGGGAUCGGAGAUUUUACCCAAGAAGAGUUUCCCGAUCCUGUUCCACGCUGUCAUCGGCAAGGACGCGCGCGAGCGGUCGUCGCCGUCGUUCUUCAACAUUGAGGAGGCAUCACUGGUCAAGAAAUACUGCGCCUCUUUGCUGAGUGAUCGGAAGCAUCAGCUGCGCCCGCAGGAUAUCGGUGUCAUCACGCCGUACCAUGCGCAGACGCAAAAGAUUGCGAGCUUGGUCGACCGGGACGAUAGGUUGCGAGGCAUUACUGUAGGGAGUAUUGAGCAGUUCCAGGGCCAGGAACGGCGCGUCAUCAUCAUUUCGACCGUUCGUAGUAGCGAGGAUUUCCUGGUGUCGGAUAUUCGUCGCAUGCUUGGAUUUGUGGCAAACCCACGACGGUUCAAUGUCGCGAUCACCCGCGCCCAGGCGAUGCUCAUCGUCGUUGGUAACCCAAGAAUCUUGUCGCUCGAUAUCAACUGGCGCGGCUUCAUGAACUACGUUCACAACAAGGGCGGCUGGCGAGGCGUACCCAUUACCUGGGAUCCAAAGGAGGACCUGGACCCGGGACCGGAGGGCUAUGACGGGAAGAUGAAUCAGCUAGCAGCGGAGCAGGCGAAGGUGUUGCUGCAGCAGCUGCGGUCGACGAUCGCGCAGGACGAGGAGGGAGGGGUGGAGGUGGAUUUAUCGGAUGACGAUUCGGAUGAGAGUGUGGAUGAUGCUCCUGCGGUUUUCCGCGAAGUCGAGUAACCCGAAGGCCUCGCGCUUCUGUACUGACCAUUCUUGACACGACACUGACGAUGUAUGUAGCAUACUGACAUUGUUUUUGCCCGCUCAAAAGUUGAACAUCUCGCACGUGACUUUUGCGUGGCCUGGC